AUGGACCCCGUGGACGCCGAAAGCCAGUUGAAGGACGUCUCUUCUCAUGAGAUCGAAAAUGUCAAUAUCGCAGAAGCAAUUUCGAUCACUCCCGAGGAAGAGAAGGCGUUGGUGAGGAAGAUUGAUCUCACCCUCCUGCCUACCAUCUGGAUCAUGUAUCUCCUGUCAUACCUGGACAGAACCAACAUUGGCAAUGCAAAGAUCUCUGGAAUGGAGGUUGAUCUUAACUUGAGCUCAAACCAGUACUCGAUUGCACUGGUCGUCUUCUUCAUCGGAUACGUGGUCUUUGAAGUUCCUAGCAACCUUGCCUUAGGCCGAUCCCGACCGUCUAUUUUUCUCCCAUCAAUCAUGAUUCUCUGGGGUGCUUUGACUUGCGUGAUGGCUGUUAUCAAGGACUUCUCCCACCUAGUGGCCCUCCGAGUUAUCCUUGGAUGCGUUGAGGCCGGAUUUGCCCCGGGGGUUAUACUUCUCCUGUCAUCAUGGUACAAACAAGCCGAGCAGUCGAAGCGUUUCGGUGUGUUCAUCUCGGCGGCUGUUCUAUCUGGUGCCUUUGGGGGCCUUAUUGCUGCCGGCAUUGUCGAUGGUCUUGAGGGAGUCCAUGGUAUUCGUGGGUGGCGUUGGUUGUUUAUCAUUGAAGGUGCAGCUACUGUUGGCUUUGCCAUCAUCUCCCUCUUUCUUCUUCCAGAUUUCCCGGCGACAUCGCGGCGCCUCAGUGAGCGUGAGAAGCAGGUCGCCCUAGCACGUCUAGCGACUGACAAUGUGACGGCUGCCACCGCGGAUAGCGAGCAUCUGAGCAACUUGGAUGCUUGUAAAGUGGCAUGUCGGGAUUGGCGCACCUGGGCAUUCGUCAUUGGGUACAUGGUCAUCGUCGGCUCGAGUACCUUGACAUACUUUUAUCCCACGCUUGUAAAAGGACUUUUCGGAGACGCAUCCACCAAGAAGGUUAACCUAUUGACUGUCCCUAUCUAUGGCGUGGCUUUCGUCGCUACAGGUAUCACAGCCUACUACAGCGAUAUGGUUCCUACUUGGCGUGGGUUAAUCAUUGCUUCCUGGUUGACCGUGUCUCUAAUCUGUUCGAUUAUCGUGUGUACUGUGUAUAACUUCACUGCUCGCUACGUUCUCCUUGUUCUCAUGGCUGCCGGCCUUUGGGCCACCAAUGGAGGAACAUUGGCAUAUGCGUCGUCUGCCUUUGCUGGGAUGCAUCCGCAGGCUCGAGGUGUGGCUCUGGCUAUGGUCAACGCACUGGGUAAUUUGGCCCAGAUUUACGGAUCGUAUUUGUUCCCUGAAGAUGACAGCCCGAAAUACAUUAUGGGGUUCUCUGUCAUUUCGGCGAUGUUAGCAGUCGGCAUUGUUGUGUUUCUGUUCUUGCAUGUUUGGCUGCGUCGACGGCUGCGGUCGGGCAGUGUUAACUGA